AUGUGGUUACUAAUUGUAUCUGCAGUUUUCUUGAUAAAUGACUCUCUUGCUGGUCGUCUCUUGUCCUUAAGCAACCCAGACAGAUCCAAUCUUGAUGAUGGUAAAGUUCCCAGCAGCAGAAGUAACAGAGACAGGCAAAUAACCGCAAAUUUAGGCGGAUCUACAACUGAUCAGUUAUUUUUAAGAAACUCGAAUCUUGAUAGUGCUAGGUUGGGUAAUGGUGCAUUAGAAAGAAGUAACGGUUUGGAACUAACAUCGUUUGGUAAAAACCCCGACAGAUCCAACCUUGAUGAUGGUAGAGCUCCCAACAGCAGAAGCAGUAGGGAUAGGCAAAUGACCGUCAACUUGGACAGAUCCAGAGCAAGUCAGUCAUUUUCAAGAAACUUGAAUCUUGAUAGUGCUAGGUUAGCUAAUGGUGCAUUAGAAAGAAGUAACGGUUUGGAACUAACGUCGUUUGGUAACAAUCCUGGCAGAUCCAACCUUGAUGAUGGUAGAGCUCCCAACAGCAGAAGCAGUAGGGAUAGGCAAAUAACCGUCAACUUGGAUAGAUCCAGAGCAAGUCACUUAUUUUCAAGAAACUCGAAUCUUGAUAGUGCUAGGUUGGGUAAUGGUGCAUUAGAAAGAAGUAACGGUUUGGAACUAACGUCGUUUGGUAACAAUCCUGGCAGAUCCAAUCUUGAUGAUGGCAGAGCUCCUAACAGCAGAAGCAGUAGGGACAGGCAAAUAAUCGUCAACUUGGACAGAUCCAGAGCAAGUCAGUCAUUUUCAAGAAACUCGAAUCUUGAUAGUGGUAGGUUAGCUAAUGGUGCAUUAGAAAGAAGUAACGGUUUGGAACUAACGUCGUUUGGUAACAAUCCUGGCAGAUCCAACCUUGAUGAUGGUAGAGCUCCCAACAGCAGAAGCAGUAGGGAUAGGCAAAUAACCGUCAACUUGGACAGAUCCAGAGCAAGUCACUUAUUUUCAAGAAACUCGAAUCUUGAUAGUGCUAGGUCUGGUAAUGGUGCAUUAGAAAGAAGUAACGGUUUGGAACUAACGUCGUUUGGUAACAAUCCUGGCAGAUCCAAUCUUGAUGAUGGCAGAGCUCCUAACAGCGGAAGCAGUAGGGACAGGCAAAUAACCGUCAACUUGGACAGAUCCAGAGCAAGUCAGUCAUUUUCAAGAAGCUCGAAUCGUGAUAGUGUUAGGUUAGCUAAUGGUGCAUUUGAAAGAAGUAAUGGUUUUCAACGAACCAAUCUUGAUGAUGGUAGAGCCAACAGCCGAAGUAGUAGGCUAAUAUCCGUGAACUUGGACAGAUCCAGAGCUAGUCAGUCAAUUUUAAGGAGACCAAGUCUUGAUGAUGGCAGAGUAGCUACCGAUUUGAUUAGGAUAGCUAAUGGUGCAUCUAGGAUGGGCAAUCGUUUUGAUCAAACGCCGCUUGGCCGGUGGCAGCCGUAA